CUCUCACAAAAAUGGAGGAAACCAAAACCGCCCAAAUUCUGACACCUAAAGAAGAAGAUAAAGAAAAUAUGAGUUCUAGUUCAUCUGUAGAUGUCGCCAGUGACAAAUCCAACCAGCUACAAGCUGAAGAACAGAAAGAGAGACAAGAGGAACAGGAAGAGGGUAAGGAAAGCCAGAAACAAGCUGAGUACUCACAACAGGAAGAGGAAGAACCAGAGGAGGUAUUUGGAGCAGAGAAUGUAGAAGAAACCCAGAUUUUAAAGGAAGAGGUCAAGCAGAAGUUAGAGCAACUAAAACAAGAGAGUAGAAUUAAGAAAGCUAAUGAUGAGCUGAAGAGGGCAGAAUUAGAAGAAGAUCCUAUAGCAGGGAUAUGAAUUAAAGCUGAUACUAGGCUUAUGCCUCAAACCCGAAUCACUAGGUUAAGCAGACAGCUUGAAUUCUGCCCACUUCAGAAUAUUGAGCAGCUUGAAUAUAAUGAGAUAAUGAACAAGACAGAUGAGCCUGUACUGAAGGAUGUAUUCAUAAUGGGAGUUGUUGUUGAAAAAGAAAGACUAAGUACUUCAUUUAAGACAAAUAAGAAGGGAGUACAAUUCAUUAGAUUCAAGCUUAGCGAUCUGCAGACGUAUAACCCAAGACUUGUCCAGAGAGUUAAAUAAUAAUACCUUCAAUGAGAAAAGUGAUCCUGAAAAAGUAAAAGUUUACAGAAUGAUGAAAUUCACUCCGGAUUGAUAUAAAAUAGUAAAUUGAAUGUUAUUUGGAGAAACAGCCAAGAAGUUCUCUGAUGAAAUCUUUCAUGGAUACGUUAUCAUUAUGAAGAUGCCUAAAUAAUAUGGAAUCGGGGAAAUAUAUCCCCGUCACCUUAAAAGUAGACAAUGAAACUAACUUUAUGGCAGUAGGGGUUUCAAGAGAUUAUACAAUUUGCUCAGAAAAAGACUGACUUGAAUUUCUAAAUAGGCAGAAGUCUUCAAAGUGAAAGUAUCAUCGAAUGAAAGAGGAAGAUACACACCUUCAAAUGAUCAAGUCCCAGAGGCCUUUCUUAAGAAGUAAUUUUGUUAAUAGUAGUCGUCAGAAGAGGAUCAAAGGGUUUGAGAAUGGAUUAGUAAAGAACCAACCUCAAAAUUUUUCUAAGUUCAAAGCUCCCAAAUGGGAUCAAAAAUCAAAACAGAAACCUAAGAGAAAAGUGUUGUUCCAAAAUGACGAUUUUACAAAUUAUAUUGAAAAAUAGAAAGAAGAAGCAGUUACAAACAAAUGCUUUGGAUAACCUGAAAACAACAGAAGGAGAGUUUAUGAAGAAGAUGCACACCCCUUUGUACAAAGAAAUCAAAACUUUGAAUGAAAAAUCGAAAGUAAUGCUUGAAUCUUCUACCCCAAGUGAAAAGACUCUUGAUGAGUACUCCAAGUUAUUGAACCUUAGUAAGAAGAAAGAGAUUAAAAUGUCAGAUAUGAGAAUAGUCGGCCCUGGUGAUGUAUCCUCUAAGCCAGCAAAGACAUCACCAAAGAAGUUUGUGUCUUCGAGGUCGCAAAAGUUACUGAAAGCGCAAAAGAAAUAA